AUGUCUGCCCAGAGUGCCACUGCCCAGAACCUCUCAUUCGUAUUGGAAGGCAUCCAUCGGGUCAAAUUUGAAGAUCGUCCGGUCCCGGAAUUGAAAGGACCUCAUGAUGUCCUUGUGAAUGUCAAGUUCACGGGUAUAUGCGGGAGCGAUGUUCACUACUGGGAGCAUGGUUCCAUUGGCCAAUUCGUCGUCAAGGACCCUAUGGUACUGGGCCAUGAAUCAUCAGGCAUUGUUAGCAGGGUCGGUUCGUCGGUCACGGGGUUGAAGGUGGGAGAUCGAGUGGCACUCGAACCCGGCGUCCCUUGCCGUCGCUGUGAACCGUGCAAGUCUGGGAAAUAUAACCUGUGUGAGAAAAUGGCAUUUGCCGCUACCCCCCCAUACGACGGCACUCUCGCCAGUUACUACAUUCUGCCCGAGGACUUCUGCCACAAAGUCCCCGACAGUAUUACCCUACAAGAGGCUGCACUCAUGGAGCCCCUUGGUGUCGCGGUGCACAUCGUCAAGCAGGCAGAUGUUAAACCUGGCCAAUCGGUGGUUGUAUUUGGCGCUGGGCCAGUGGGACUCCUAUGCUGCGCUGUAGCGAAGGCGUACGGUGCGUCCAAGGUUAUUGCCGUGGAUAUCCAAGAGCCGAGACUCAAAUUUGCCGCAAGCUACGCAGCAACUUCAACAUAUGAGCCGUUCAAAGCCAGCCCCUUGGACAACGCGAAGAGAAUCAUCGAGGAAAAUGACCUAGGCUCGGGUGCAGAUGUAGCAAUCGAUGCAUCCGGAGCAGAGCCAUCUGUGCACACUGGAAUACACGUCGUCCGCGCUGGCGGAACGUACGUACAAGGCGGCAUGGGAAGGAGUGAGAUCACCUUUCCGAUCAUGGCUGCAUGCACCAAGGAAUUGAAUGUGAAGGGCAGUUUCCGUUAUGGUAGUGGUGAUUAUAAGCUUGCAGUAUCGCUUGUUGCCUCGGGCAAAGUGAAUGUCAAAGAUUUGAUCACUGCUACUGUCAAGUUUGAAGAUGCCGAACGGGCAUUUCAAGAGGUCAAGGCUGGAAAGGGUAUUAAGACACUUAUCGCUGGCAUAGAGUCCUAG